GGGGCGAAUGUUGGUGAUCGGAGAGGAGAGAGUAAGGGGUGGUUGAGCACGAGAGAAAACCGCUACGAUGUACCGCAGUACGGGGUGGUGAGCUGCGAGCUGGCUCCUCGACAGUGAAAAACCAGUGAGCUGGAGGACAAGCUGACACAAUCUACAGUGAUAUGUUAUCGGGACUGAUCCGUCUUGUCCAAGCGGUUUGCGAUCCGCCAUUUCCAUUCACCAAAAUUCUCAUACGUUCCGAUUCUCAUGAAUCGCACCAACACGAGUUUUUCAUACCAUUGAACGUGGUAUCAAGUACAACUUCGUUAUUUUACGUAUCUCCCUGAGAAACUGUUCGAUCUUUGUAAGAGGGAAAAAUAUUCUUGUCGUGUGUGUGGAUGUAAUUCAGACAAUCUAUGGGGAUGUCGUAACUUUCGUGUUAUGUCAAGGCCGAUGCAGUAUGUAACACGUCGAUAUGUCUCACUGGUUCGACCACGGUAUCUCGAUCUUAGACACUUGUCUCUGGAUUUCGCUGGAUGAAAAUGCGCCACAUUACCGCGAUAUUGAGAAUACCGGGUGAUAUUUGUCAGCGGUUAAAUGUUCCGUGAAAUUUCCUCAUGAGCCCUGAUCAGCUGAUUCUCCGUUUCUUCGCUAAUGGCAAUCGAGGCUGUGAAAAUUAUUAACGUUCGACGACGGUGAACGUCGAUUUAAUAUUCAUCAGUGGUUACCUUGAAAACCUUCCAUACAAUUUUUUCUUAUACUUAUAAUCUCGUAUCGAUCAAAUCCAACAAUGCGCGGUUCGUUCUUGAAACGAUGAAUACGGAGAUUGAUGAAGACAGUAACGUUCCAGUGAAUAUUCAUCGAAUUGAUAACUAUUCGUUGUUUAUGAAAGAAGGAAAAUCUAUAUCGUGUGUUGUUUUCAAGUGUACGGUCGUUAAUUAUUCGUGAAGCAUAUGACGUUUGUGCCAACGUACAUUAAGAGAUUCAUAUUAUGGGCGAAAUCUGAAGGUAACAUCAAAAAUAAUUUCGAAACACGCACAGUACUCGGCAAGCCAUAACGAUGCUCUUUCUAGGAGAUUAGUGGGCAAUAUAAAGCUGAUCGCUUUGCAACUUGUCGCAACAUUUCUAAUCAAACGCUCGUAAUAGUUCCCACCAUACAAUCGAAUGUUUCGAUCAAGAACAAUAUGAUGAAAUAAUAUUGCAAUGAUCAUGACCUUAGAUACUGACCAUCACGUGACUUCGUUUAGAUCAAUCAGAAGUCUGUCGUGACAAGAAGCUGCUACCUACCUAUUCCUGUUGAAUGGAAAGCUGGUCGUUAAAACCACAGCGAUCAGUUAAAUUGCCUCUGAGAACGUCGAAGCAAUUUGUUUAAUUAUAUGUUUAUGAUACGUUCCCUUUUGGUCGAUACAACGAACAAGCAUUGGCGGAAGCAUUCACAUUUGCACAUGGAUCAAAAAGAGUUAUGACAAUGUGUUGUACAAAUAACAAUGAUCAUUUGAAUUCUCUGAAAUUAGCAUCACCGGGGAUAAUGAGAGUGUAUUUAUCGAAUGUAUCGCGUAGCUUCAGUGCAUCGACUGUUAAUGCAGUAUUAUAAUGUUUAUCGAUACAAUGGCAAUAACCACGAGAUUGACUGUUAUUUGACAUCAAUUAAAAAGAUGAUAACUGUUGAACGAAACAUUUUUCAGCAGACUUGCUACACUCGUUAAAUUUUUGAAGAUUAUUGUUAAACAUAGAUGAUAGAAUUACUUAGAGGAUACUUUUGAGAUUGUUGUUGAAGUUGCUCACAUUUGAUAGUUACGCUAGAUUGGUUAGAUGGUUAAUAGCUGUUGCAUAGUUAUGCAAUAUAUGCGAAACGUUAUUUCGCGCCUAUUUUUAAACAAUUUUCCUUACAUUGAUAUCGCAUUUACGUCGAGAAUAUACACAAAUAUAUCGAAAUAUUGUAAUGAUUUUGAUUGUAAGGCAUAGAGUAUAUUGUAAGAGCACUGCACUUGUUAACUGGGGUCACUAGCCCUAAGAAAUUUCUAAAAUACGAUUUUGUCGAUCGAUUCUAAACGAAAAUUUGCAUUUUUCAAUCCAAGCGUAAUUUCACGUUUCAUUCGAACGUUCUGCGAAACGUUUAAUAAAGCAAUUUUCAAAGUGGAUGGUUAUUAAUUUUCCACGCUUAAUUGCCAAUAUUUAACGCUUAAUUAAUUAAUUGUAAACAUACAUUAUAUAGAGGUUACAUAGUUUACGCGUUCCAGGGAAGUUACGAGAAAUUCAAUUAACGAAUUCCUCCAAUUCGAAAGCAUUCGGACAAACUUUUUCAGUCGGUGAACAAUUUAUUUGAUCAUUUGCACGAGAGAACGUUUUCGAGAGAUAAUUCCAACUUUUGUCAACGAUCUGCAAAGGAAGAAUAAUAUGUUCCUAAGGAUGUAACGCUUCGCCACCGAAGGUGGCAAUCAUCGAGUUUGAUACAUCAAGCGUAUCGAUUAGAAAUUAUAUUGAUACCUCGAAGCGAGUACAAAUUGCUUUCGAAGUGAUUAAAUUCAUAAUAUAAAGAAAAUUCCUAAUAUAAAUCGUUUUAAGGAACAGGAAGAAGCAAAAGGAGGAGAGAAUUGAAAAAUCAAAAUCAAUAUUCACAAUAUAAAUUAUCGUAAGGAACAGCAGAGGAAAGCAAAACGCAAAACAGGAUCAAAAUUAAAGAAUCAAAUAAUUACAAUAUUCGAUUCUAUAUCGUGAUUUUAUUAAUCUACUAAUCAUGAUGGAAAACGAUUUCAAGUUGUGCGAUCGGUUUGACUGUUUGAAAGUAAUUCGCGACUUAUUGAAAUACGACGUUUGGACGCAUCAUAUUCCCAUGACGUAGUCCGCAAUGUGAGAGUGGCAAUUUGAGGAUGAUGUUAUCGGAGGGACAUCAUAGAUCGAUUCGUACGCUAGUUGUACGAUCACGCGCAACAAAGUGAAGCUUCCACCAGGAAAGAAGGAACAUCGGGCGAACGAGUCGGCGUUCCGUCAAUUGUUCGCCCUGUUUCAUCAGCGUAAGCCUCGGGAUCCUCUUCGAGGCCAAAACGCUGCCUCGUCGGUUCCUUUACUCGAGAUGGGCGCUAGAGCAUGGGACUACGAGGCACUGCCGGAACUCCAUACCUCGGCGGCCGUCACACCUACUUCUACGCCGCCAAAUGCACAGCAGAAGACGCAUCCGCCGAGGGUCUACUUCCAGGCGGAGAAUUUGGCCUCCACCAGGAGACGGAGCAGCUCAAGGUUACUCGCUCCUCAAUCUUCCUGCAGGAGACGCAGCAGAAGCAUGAGCGCAUGGGGUGAUCUGUCGAGAUCGUCGUUCAAACUCGAUGAGAGAGUUCGUGUUGAAUAUUACGUGAACGAAAACACGUUCAAGGAACGACUUCAGCUGUACUUCAUCAAAAAUCAACGUUCGAGUUUGAGGAUACGAUUGGCUAACUUGUUCUUCAAGCUACUAACAUGCUUCUUAUACAUAUUCAGAGUGAUCACCGACAACGAUCCAACUUACGCAGCAUGUUACGGUUGCACGCCCGGCAACAAAACCGAGUUCCUCGCGUCCCAGAAUCUUACCGAGGAGGAAUUUCAAGAGCAUCCGACCAUCAACUGGGAUGCGAUUUUAUGGGUGAGAAGGCCGUUGGAAUUGUGGGUCGUCCAGGUGAUCCUGGCAAUAGUAUCACUUACGGAAGCAUUGCUGCUCGCCUAUCUGGGUUACAAGGGAAACAUCUGGCAGCAGCUUCUCUCUUUCCACUUCAUCCUGGAACUAGUCAACACCAUUCCGUUCACCAUCACGCUACUUUAUCCACCAAUGCGAAAUCUGUUCAUCCCGGUAUUCCUAAACUGCUGGUUGGCAAAACAUUCAUUGCAGAAUAUGUUCAACGAUCUACACAGAGCUAUGCAAAAGUCCCAAUCAGCUUUAAGUCAGCAACUUAUGAUCCUUAGUGCUACGUUACUGUGCCUUGUCUUUACUAGCGUAUGUGGGAUUCAACACUUCCAGAGAGCGGGGCACAGGCAUCUGAAUCUGUUUCAAAGCACAUAUUACGUUGUAGUCACGUUUUCUACCGUCGGCUACGGGGAUUUUGUACCUGACAUUUGGCCCUCGCAGCUUUACAUGGUCAUCAUGAUCUGCGUUGCUCUCAUAGUUCUACCUACUCAGUUUGAGCAGUUGGCUUUCACGUGGAUGGAAAGACAAAAACUAGGUGGCUCGUAUUCCUCGCACAGAGCGCAAAGCGAGAAACACGUGGUGGUAUGUAGUACAACGCUGCAAGCCGACACCAUCAUGGAUUUUCUAAAUGAAUUUUACGCCCAUCCCCUUCUACAGGACUACUACGUUGUAUUAUUGUCACCUAUGGAGCUGGAUACCACGAUGAGAAUGAUUCUACAAGUGCCCAUUUGGGCGCAAAGGGUAAUCUAUAUUCAAGGAUCGUGUUUGAAAGAUAGCGAUCUUACCAGGGCGAGAAUGAACGAGGCCGAAGCUUGCUUCGUUCUUGCUGCAAGAAAUUACGCUGACAAAACCGCUGCUGACGAGCACACGAUACUCAGGUCGUGGGCAGUGAAGGAUUUUGCACCAAACGUUCCUCAGUACGUACAAAUCUUCCGUCCGGAGAACAAACUUCACGUGAAGUUCGCGGAACACGUGGUGUGCGAAGACGAAUUCAAGUACGCCCUUUUGGCGAAUAAUUGCACGUGCCCUGGUGCUUCAACCUUGGUUACUCUUCUACUGCACACUUCCAGAGGACAAGAGGGACAGCAAUCGCAGGAAGAGUGGCACAGGCUGUACGGUAAAUGUUCCGGAAACGAGAUUUAUCACAUUAUUCUCGGAGAUUCUCGGUUUUUCGGCGAGUACGAGGGUAAAUCCUUCACUUACGCGUCCUUUCACAGUCAUCGUAAAUAUGGAGUUGCAUUAGUCGCGGUCCGCCCAGCGGAACUUCCGGAAUUUUACGAAGAUACCAUCCUUUUAAAUCCUGGUCCGCGACACAUAAUGAAGAAAACGGACACCUGUUACUACAUGAGCAUUACAAAGGAGGAGAAUUCGGCGUUCGUGGUGGCGAACAACCAAACUGGAACCGUGGCGGAGGGUACGCAAGUGGUCGUGGAGACGAAGACCGAUGGGACCGGAAACAUGAACAGUAAUUCGGCCAGCAACACAACAACGAACAACACCACUACCACGAUGAACUCUGGCAUAGGGGCAGGCACUACAACGACAACGACGACGACGAUCUCUACCAGCUGCACGAUCGCCGGUGGUGAUGGGAACGGUACUGCAAACAAGCCCGGUGCCAACGAGCACCAUCGUUAUUCCAACAGUUGUAACAAUGCGCUGAACGAAACAGCUUGCUGCAGACAGGAGACGACCUGCGCGGGGCCCCGUGGACAGAACGUACACGGUACACAGGCACACAGGGCCCCACAGGUUAUUUUGCAGGUCCUCCCUAGCACGCCCACACCACUCGAACACCACAACAUACUCGCAUCCAAUGUCCACCCAACCUAUUUAGACCCAGGAGGAUUUGGAGAUUCGCGACAGUGUUUGAAAGAUGGAGGAUCUUCGCCGCAGACACCGAUAACCGGAAAUCAUUUGGACGUUCCACGAUCCUUAGAUCCGAAUCCCAAUCUGCUCAGUCCCGAAAUUCUCACACAAAGAAGAGGAAGUAGGAGACCGAGCAUUUUACCAGUCCCGGACAUGUUAACGAGCUCAACGUUGCAUCUUCCCGGUCAAGAGUCUUUAGACCACGAAGGUGACGAGUCUGAGGACGAAAUGGACGACGACGUACCUUGGAGAUCGCCCAGCGAGAAAAUAGCUUUCAAAGGGAUCGUUAAAGGGUUUCCACCUGUUUCACCCUUCAUAGGGGUCUCGCCAACUUUAUGUUAUUUGCUGAAAGAAAAGAAACCACUCUGCUGUCUUCAGCUUGCACAGGUGUGCCAACAUUGUAGCUACAGAAACGCGAAAGAGUACAAUUGGCAGAAUAAGACCAUAAUCUUGGCAGCUGAUUACGCUAGUAAUGGGAUCUAUAACUUCAUAAUUCCUUUAAGGGCUCAUUUUAGGUCAAAAACUUCGUUGAACCCAAUCAUUCUUCUGCUGGAACGGACACCGGAAAUUGCGUUCCUCGAUGCGGUGUCUUACUUUCCUUUGGUAUACUGGAUGCGAGGUACCAUCGAUUGUUUGGACGAUCUUCUUCGCGCUGGUAUCACUCUAGCGGAAAAUGUCGUCGUCGUCAACAAGGAACUUAGUAAUUCCGCAGAAGAAGACACUUUGGCUGACUGCAAUACCAUCGUCGCGGUUCAGACGAUGUUUAAAUUCUUUCCUAGCAUAAAAAGCAUAACGGAGCUCUCACAAUCGAGUAAUAUGCGUUUCAUGCAAUUCAGGGCACACGACAAGUACGCUCUUCAUCUCAGUAAAAUGGAAAAGAGAGAAAAGGAAAGAGGCUCGCACAUAUCUUAUAUGUUUCGAUUGCCUUUUGCGGCUGGCAGUGUCUUCAGUGCUUCUAUGCUGGAUACACUUCUUUAUCAAGCAUUCGUUAAAGAUUAUAUGAUAACGUUCGUGAGAUUGCUGUUGGGUGUGGAUCAAGCGCCAGGCUCUGGAUUUUUAACAUCGAUGAGAAUUACGAAGGACGACAUGUGGAUCAGAACCUAUGGUAGAUUAUAUCAAAAGCUGUGUUCGACUACUUGCGAAAUUCCCAUUGGUAUUUACAGAACGCAAGACACCACAGUUUCAGACACGUCUCACGGCGACUCAGACGCGGAGAGCGAUGCCGGCGUCGGCGUGACGUACAAGGUGCGUCAUUCGGCGGCAGCUUCGUGCCUUGCGAAUUGCGCCACCCGCGACAAGGGUGCCUCAGCUCAGUACUCCGUAAGCCUCGGGGACGAGGCACGAGACAACCAUGCCCAGCAGAUUGAGAGAGCCGAAAUUGCCAACUUGGUACAUUCCCGGAUGGACUCGUUGAACCUCCCAGUAGCCGAUUACGACGACGUUUCCGAGAAGCGAAACAGCCUCUCCUACGUGAUCAUAAAUCCCAGCUGCGAUCUGAAGCUCGAGGAAGGUGACAUCGUGUACCUAGUUCGACCAAGUCCGUUUUCCGCGCAGAAGACCUUCGAACGACAUAAUUCGAGGAGGAAGAGCAACAUCAGCUUCUGUUCGGCCCAACUGGUAUCGCAAAUGAGCGCAGCAGUGGCUUCGGCCGGUUUAUCAGGAGCUGGGGCAGGAAGUCGUCGAGGAUCGGGAAUCGGUUUGCCUAGAGCUCCUCCAUUGAGCACCACAAAAUCGAAUUCCUUGUCCUUACCAGACAGUCCGACGGUGGCUGGCGCUUUACGUGGCCGUUCCAAUUCUCUGAGAGUGGUCGACGACAUUCUGCUGAGACGUAGCAACUCGUUGAGACAAGGACUGACGAUAAGUAGAAGAAAAAGCAGUUUAGAAGACAUAGGUUUAGGUGCUCUGUCGCAUCCCUCGAACCACAACCCAAUUAAAAUAGCGCUGAAUGGAUCCAUUGGUCUGGAAGUAACUCCACCCGAGGAAGGCUCCCAGCCGGCUAUGGCUAGCAACACAGGAAUCCUGGACGUGGGUCUGCCUUCUAUGCCAGAGUUGACCGCUGCCCUGGGAUCCAAUAUCGAUCCUUGUCUAGGUGGAUCUCUAGGUGGAUUGUACGAUCCUCCAAAUCUUCAGGGCCCGUUAGGUUCACAGCCGCCGCAGAUCCAAGGUGGUACGCAGGAUCCUCAGUACAUACAGGGGACGAUCGUAUGAUAUAACCUUAUGUGGGGACGCAGGCUCUCCGGCAUGGUGCGAAACAAAUGGCUGUAGCGUUCCCACAUGACACGUCAAGAUCACUAGUUGGGAUGUUGAUUCUCAGCAUCCUGAUUGCCGACGAUUUUGGUGGGAUUAAAUGGUGGUGACGAUAACGAUGAAUUACGAGGCGGCCGGAGAGCAAAGGUGUUUCAGUGUCACAGAGGAGGAUGACACACUGUGGCCGGACUUUUAUGAUUACGGUAAACAGCUUAGACGAAUUUUUUACUCCGUUCUACUUUGGUAGUUUGAGUUUAGCUUAGCGGCGAUGAUAGAACGAAGAUAGUUGACUCGAACCAUCGGGGACCUAAGCGUUGCGACGUCGUAUAGUCGCGACUGUGAUACGCCGGAACGCUGAUUCUUCGUUUUCUACAUCUGGAUGAAACUGGGCGUUAGUCUUUGUAACGUGGCUCGUGUUAAGUAAUUGUUACAAGCUAUAAUCGGAAUUAGUCGAACAAAUGAUCUAAUUACGCUUAUUCAAAUGAUAAAUUAUCGGUUGAUCUCUGAUAAACCUAUCGACUUCUUCUCGUUCGAUAUGUAUGUAAUUCUGAUUUAGUGUUACAGAAAACUUCAAAGUUUAAUACGAAUUUUAAAUUAUUUAAAUUAGUACGAAUAAAAUGAAUAAUAUGUAGCAGCGUUAUUCGAUUGAAAAUUUCGUUCGAACGAUGCCCAGUUCAACCAUCGUAUAGUUGUUUCAACGAAGAUACGAUACUAUGUUAAUACUAAUUCUCUAUUUGUAGAUAGUGCGAUCACGCGUUUCGAGCAACCACAAUUUGUUGCGAGUUUCGUUUUAAAAUAUCCAUUGAUAUAUCUUGUGGCGUGUGUAGUGGUCUAUGUUCUUAAAACGUUUUGCUCUCUAGUCGACUCUAGCGUCCCGACCUCCGUGGAUCCGAUCGAAAUUUUCAGCGAUCCAAAACGACGACGAGUAUAUGCUAGAUGAAGAAACUCGCGGUAACGCGUGCCAGAGGUCCAGUGACGCGGUUAAUCAAUUCGAGAAAUUAUUAAAACGAAGAAGGAAAAAGCUUGCGACGAUGGACAAGAUUUAACGACUCUAUGAUGCAUUUGAAAAUUGAAUGGAAUAUUAUUAAUUGUAUCGUUAAAUAUUUAAAACAGUAUAAUUCCUUUUUAUUCGAUAAGACACUGAAACCUAAGAAUUUAUAUCAGUAUGAAAUUACAUAAAUAUAAAAUUAUUUAGAGCAUAUGACACACAUGCAAUUUAAUCAGAAAUUUAUUUAUGAACACAAAAGCGUUGAAAACCUCUUAGCACUUUAAUGUUAUGAAUUAUGUAUCAUUUUUUACCACUAUUAACGUUUGAAACCAAGAUACUUUUGAUUUUUAUAAGUGUCCAAUAUAGUAAUCAAAUUUUGAAAUAUUUUCAACGAUGACAUACCAUUUCCUUUUGUAAACAUUUUUGUACCUUUUGUAAGGUACUUUUGUACCUCGUAUUUUGUACCUAAUCAUGAGUUUGUGAAUACGUAGUAGAUUCUGAAUUUGCUAUCAUUUUAUCGGAUAAAAAGAAAUGACAAAACACGCAAAUAUACACUGACACGAAUUUUUCUCAGUAACAUAACAACUAUCAGCAUGUACGAUUUUUGCCCGUAUGUGGUAAAACGAAUAGUUUAUAUACGAUAAUAUUUAGUAUACAGCUGAAGAAAAUAAAUUCUUGUCCUUCGUCACACGUGAUAGCCGACAGAAGUAGGUAAGAAGAAAGAAACGUCUCCCUAGUGCAAACCCCGAUUCUUACGUAGAGUCACGUUCUCGGGGGUGAACGUGAAAUAAUUUUAUACUAGAACCAAUUUACGACAAGAGUAUAUCUUAUAAAUAUGAUUAUAAAUAUAAAUACAUGACCAUUUUAAUCAUAUCAUACGAUGAACUCAGAAAAACACCGAUUGGUGGAGGAUCGUUAUACGUCUAGAGAAGAUGAACAGGAUAGGACCUAUAAGAGCGAAGAAUUGAGGAUGAAGCUUCGCGUUCGAAUUAAUCGCGCUACUUGAAUUCAAACUUGAAGGGACUCUAAGUCAAAUGACACGACUAAUGAGAACGAACGUAGAAAAAGGUAUAUAUUUCGAGUCGCGUAAAUGGCAAGUUCACAUUGGUAAAAUGAUUUUCAAUUGUUUGAAUUCGGAUAAAAAUUGAGCUAAAACCGAGUAAUUUGAACGAAGCUUGAUAAAAUUCUUCGAUUAUAAUAGUCCUGGUUCCACGUUUGCGAAGUAAUCGAAAUAAUCGACUAAUAAACGCAAAAGAUAAUCGUCUAGUCGAAAAUGUAGUUGCCAUUCGAUCGAACGAAGGUUACUCAUUUUUAUGCAAACGCGAUCUUUACUUCUCUUCUUAUGAUUAGUUCGAAACAAGGCAAUCCUCGUUGAAAUCUUUUAUCGAAGUCAUUCGAGUUUAUAACGUUUAAUCGGACGAAUUGUUUGUUCUUAGCGAUGAAAGAGAAACAAGAUUCAAAAGAAAAAAAGAGAGUAAAGUUUCGACAAUCCGUUUAAUCAGUUAGGUGAAUACGUAGCCGUCGUUGAUAACGACUUAAUUGUAUCUAUAUAUUAUAUUUCUUGACUCAAUCGUUUCUCGACCAAUUUACACGUUUCUCCGACCAAACGUCAUUUUAUCGAGUACCUGCUUCGACGCUGCUUCCGCUACGCCCGGCCCGUUUUGUCCUUCGAUUAUCAGCGAUCGGAUUAGCUUCAUCUUCUGGUUCUUAGUCGAAGAAUAUUCUCGAUAUACUAUAAACGAUCAAUUUCGUAUACUAUUCAAGUUCAUCGAACUAUAUCGAAAUGCGAAACAAUCUCCAAAAACAAUCAUUGUAAAAGGCCCAGCGUGGAAUGUUUUCCGAGCACGAGCCCGAUUAAAGCCAAACAGAUUCUGCAUUUUUCGUUGUAGCGCAUAAAUGAAGCGAAUCGAUCGAUCUCUCCGUCAAUCCCUAUAGUUCACAUAAUCAUCAUUCUAUUUAGCCAAAUAUGCAAAUGAAUUUUCUGUAGCGAUCAAUCGUUGAUCCGGCCGCGAGCAUUUUACACUCUCUUCGAUAUAUUUCUCUGGCCCGUUUUUUCAGCCUCUUUGACUUUCUCUCGCUCAUUAACUCUCUGUCUUUCUCACCUUGAUUAGCGUAACGAAACCCGUCCCGUCUACGUACAUCGACCAUCCUCGUCGACGUCGAUGGCUCGUAGAGUUUAGUACACAGUUUGAGACACAGCCGUGGUAUUUUUCAACGAUGAUUUUCUAUGAUCAAACGACGAAAGCACCGAAAACGAAAACGAGUCUCUGGUUAAUCCAGAGAUCUGUACGUUAUGCUCUGAUUAUGGAAACUCGAUGCGAAGGAUUCUACGAACGUUUAGUUUAAUAAAAGUCAGAAAGCAUGUACAACAAGUAUAGCUAUAACGUGGUAACGAAUGGAAACACGUGUAUAAGCUUUUUCAAAGUUCGAGGACAUCGAUGGAUGUUGAUAAGCUCGUAGCACUCGUGAUAAAUAUUCAUAUGUGGCAAGUUUUUAUUUAAUCUUCUGUAAUGUGACGCAAUGGAAUCUGGAUUGUCGCUGAUUAAUAUCAAUUAAUGGAACAUUCAGUCGAAAAUUUAGAGAUGGACUUUUCUAAGGGAAAUUGAAAAACAAGAAUAGAAGUUGAAAGAAAUUGUUACAUUUUUAUGCAAAUGAUUAUUUUUUCCUGUUCGAUACUAGGUGAUACUUGUGAAAUAAAUUCAGAUUUUUUUAUAGAAGAUUAAAUAAGGACUAAAUAGCUUCGUGUUAAGAAAACGAAAUUGCAAAACGUGAUACGCAAACACGAUUGAAACAAAAAUUACGAAAUUUCGACAGAAAUCUUCUCUCAUGAGAAGUUCCUGUGAAUCUUGUAUUUUUCGAUACUAAAGGGAUUCUGCUACCUAUAUCUUUACCGACUCAACGACCGAAGUGAAAACGAAAAAAAAAAGACAGAACAAUAGAAGCAUAAAAAAAAAAUACAUUUAAUAAUAAAAGAAAAAAAAAGUAAUCGAAAUUCUAUAAGAUACCAACAGAAAGACAUUCUUUCAGCAGUGUACAUAGAUUAAUUGUCAUAGGAUCGAUCGAAAACCAAUGUGACCUGAAACUAAAGCGAGUAGCGUGUUAUUACUAUGCGUUGUCGUUCAACAAAAAGCGAUGUGAAAGUAAAACUGUCCUCGAGUGUAUGUGAAAAAUCCUAGUUACGUCUGACAUAAGAAAACCGAUUGUCCAUGAUUCUGUUAACAUUUGUAUAAACAUUAGCGACGAUGUGAAAGCGCGAAACUCUGGUAUCCGUGAGUGGGCAAGUGGCAUUUUUUAUUAACAAGCGUCUUUGAAAGAAUGAGAACAAAAGAAAAAUACGAAGAAAGACGAGAGAAGGAUCAAUUGGGAAAUAGAGUAAACGGUAGCGUAAACGUAAAAUAAAGUAAAGAUACAUCGCUAUGUUAACAAUGGAGAUUAAUAUUGCGGUAAUAUUAAGAAACUUCAGACGAGUAUAUAUCAGAAAAAAAAUUAUCGUCGUGUCUUCAUAGGAAAAAAAAAGAAACCAAAGAACAAUCUUGAUUUAUCGGCGCGUGAAUCCUCGAAACGAUAACCCUUUCGCAAGUUCCUUGUCGAUUUCUAGUCGAUCAUAAGGGUUCUGAGAGUUAAAUUACAAAGCGAACUGCCGAGCUUGCGACAUCGAGACGAUAUACAUUUUCUCGUUUUUUCGAUACACAGCGCGCGGUUUGACCAGUAAUCCAUCGUUUUAUGUGAAAACUACAGAGCGUACUUGAAAGUAAUUUAUUCACGGUAAAUUGAUUUUUCAUGGAUAUUGCGUUGAAAUUCUACUCUUUAUUUGUACGUAGAGCUCGAAGACAAAACGUGCGGAUAACGUUCGAUGGUGCGUGUUAUAGAAUUACGCGUGAAUUUUUACGCGUCCAUAACGAAUAACGCCAAGUCUACUGUAAUAAGAAAUUUUUCUCGUGAACGUAUCUUUCACCUCGAGGUUCGGUAAAAUUAUUAACGAGAUUCCUCGUAGCAGAGUAUCUUUCUACAAAAUCGAUUAUUUCUGUUUUUAUUUCGAGCAAAUUUUAUUGCUUAAACAGUAUUAUAUCGUUGAUCGUGCUUCUUUUUGCAAUUUUAUUAUUUGUAGUUGAAAGUAAAAUGAUUUUUCCAGUUAAGUGGGAAGAAUUAGUGCGUAAAGAUUUAAAUCUAAAGUGUAAACUUUAAUUUUCAAAUCGUGAACGAAAAUAUUUAUUGUAAGCUGUUUUCUCGUAUUUUUAUAUAAAAUUUUAAUCACUGCUUUAAGCAAUCGAACAUAUUGAAAAAAAUUAAUGUCAUUAAGACAUCGUUUCUCUUAAAGGUGAUAAUUUGAUAUAUCUUUCGUUCCUAUGAAGAAAUUAGAUUAUUAAUUGAAAAAUUCGAUGAAAAUUUUCUCUUUCACGUCGUUUAAUUUAGCAUAAGCAUCGAAAGAACAUACAAUAUGCGUGUAGUUUGUUUAUAAAAUGUCAUUUACGCGUGCAAUAUGAAAUAACGACGAAGAGCGAAUUUUUUCAUAACAAAUGAAGAAUGAAAAAUUACAUUAAUGUUUUAUUAAAAAAGAAAAAAAAAAAUCUCGUGCUGUACCGAAUAAUAUUCAAGUAUUUGUAUUUUUAGAGAAUAUUAUAAAGAUGAAAUAGGUUGAAGUAUUCAUGUUUUAUGAAAAAUAUGUUCAUAAGUGUCUUAUGAAGAUAUUCAACAAAAUAUUUAAAGUAGUGGUUCCUUUCAAUGUUACAAUCAUAACAAUAUCUUCAAUUUCUUUUAUCAUUUUAAAACAUUACUUCACCUGUAUUUCAAAAUUCAGUGCAAAAGCAACAUCAUAGUAUAGAUCAUAUCUCUCGCAUUUAAUUAAUUUCUAUCGUGUCUUGAUUGUUAAUUCAUUCGUAGAUACCCUAAAAUUCGAUAGCAUAGUUGUCAUUCUGUCAAUUAAUUAGAAAAACAAAUCCCGAACUGUAUAAAAUCGUUGAAAAAAACUAAAAAAGCUAUUCCCAUUCUAUGUAUCGUACGGUAUGAUCCGUGAAAGAACAUGUUCCCUUUCUUGAUCGAUUCGCAAAGCAUACAAAUUUCGGUGAAAAAAUUAUUUUCGUUUCAGAUACGAUCGAAAAGGGAGCAUGAAAUAAACGAAUCUCGAGGGCCCGGUGUUUUCAGUGUCGUCGAGCUCGUUUCCACAACAUACGAAUUAAAAAAUUAAUCCUUGACCACGAAAGGAACUACGAACGGCUGUAUGUAAUGUAAAAUAAGAAGAACAGAAAAACAGAGAGAGAAUGUAUCUAUAUCUAUAUAAAUAUAUAUAUAUAUAUACCACGUGACACGUUGUCACGCGAUGCGUGCAUGUAAAUUUAUUAUAAAUAAAUUAUUAUAAAGCAGUAA